CUUGCUGCAACUGUGGUCGAGUGGUUAUUACAUUAAGUUAGUUUCUGGUGGUUGAUUACUCGAAUCACUUGCAAAAAAAUUGUAGCAAGUUUUUGAGAACGUACAGAACAUUCAGUAAGAUAACAUGUCAGAAACAUCCGAUGGACUCUUCUCACAAAUAACAACAAUUGUUUUAACUAUCAUAUCUGGGAUCUCCAUAUCGGUGAUGUCAGCAUCACUUUGGUUGUUGAGGAAAGCAAAACAACAAAUACGAAACCUGUCAAUGAAUCAGAAACAAGAUGAAGAUGUGAAAGCAAAACAACAAAUACGAAACCUGUCAAUGAAUCAGAAACAAGUUGAAGAUGUGUACGUAAAUCAAAGUUCAAUCAUUAAUCAAGCAAAUAUGAAAGAUGUAUCCGAAGAUGUGUAUAUGUAUUCUAUGCCAACUGAGCAACAUAUCUACACAGAUUUGAAGACAAAAUAAGCAACACGUGGUUGAUACAAACCUACGAAAUUAUUUACAAAAUCAUUAAUGUAUUAUUCUUUUGUCAAAUUCUGAUUAAUCUUUUUUUCUCUCCAACUUUAUUUCACCAUUCUUUUCUCUGAUUUUUAAUAAUUAUUGUCAAUAUUAUACACACUACUGUAAUAAUGUUGUCAAUGAACAAUUUCUUAGUUAAUUUGCAUAGUUAAUAUAGAUGAAAACAAGUAAUAGGCCUAAGUCAGUAAAUUGAGAUUAUCAAAACAAUUUUGAACGCAACCUUACCAUACAUAUACUUUUAUUGCCUUUUUUCACACAAAAAAACAAAUUUGAUGGAAAAUUCGGGAGCGGUUGAUGACAUACUAGACUAGGAAAAAAAUAAAAAAGAGGCCUAGAAAUCAA